UCUCGAACAUUAAAACACAAAAGCAGGAAGCAGCAUGCGCAUUUCGGGGGCAACCACUGAGUUCUCCGGCCUGGCGAGCACCAACACGCACCCACAAUCGCCGCACAAAAUGGAGCAACUGCAGCCGGGAGACGCAUGCCUGGAGUGCCUGGGCUUGGGCAGGAAUCACAAGCUGCGCUUCUUCUACAUAAAUCUUGAGGAGCAGCUGCUUAAGUGCGAGUCGCGAAGUUGUCUUUGGCCACAUAACGACGAGGUCUCCUCGGAUGAGGAGCUGGACUUGAAUGCUGGAGAUCCACUGCCAGCUAUUGAUGUUGCAGAAAAUCCUCCCUUUUCUGGUGCUGCUCCGUUGGCCGAUCGUCAUCCACCCUGCGCUGUUUUAUUGGCCGAUCCUCCUCCACCCUGCGCUGUUGCCUUGGCCGAUCCUCCUCCAGAUGAUGACGACGAAUUUAUACUACAAUUGCUUCAGCAACUGACUCCUGGCACAGAAACGGACUCAGUUGAAUCUCCUCCUGAAUCGAAUAUAAAUCUCUGCUCAGUGGUAGAUCUUCUCUCUCUAGACCCUACAGAAGUAACGUCUUGUCCACAACUGGAGCUACCAGACUUGAGUUUCUUAGAGGAAAACAUACCCGAACAUAAGGAACCACUAAAAGCUGUGAUAACCAAACAGGAAAUACCUCUCCUGCCUGCAAAAUUAAAGUCUCCGCCAAGGUUUAAAACUCCAAAAAGCAUAAAAAUAAAGGAAGAAGGGCCUCCUCUCAAGAUUCCCAGCUCCCAAGUUAAGCAAGAAGUGACUUCCCUCAAUAUUUCCGCGGUGCCCAAUUUCCAGAGCAAACUGGAAAUACCAUUGCUGCCCGCAAGUCUGAAGACUCUACCCAGGAUUAAACCCAAGGGAGACCCCUUCAGCACUCCGCUGAAAAAAGCAUCAACUCAGCCGCAAACGCAGCCUCCCAUUCAUCUGGAAACACCGCCGGCUGUAAACAUCAUUAUCAGUAUUCCCGAGCUUAAUCCCGCCGUGCCCUUCCUGGACGCCAUCAAACGCCAUUCCACAGGCUCAAAACCUUCGUUGCGUGGAGGAGGAAGACGUCCUAAGCGCCUGGCCAGAGAAACCACCGGCAGAGGCAUUCGGACCCAGGCGGUGAUGCAUUUGAUAGAACGGUUGGAAACCACUGCCGAUGCAAAGCGCUUGGCACCUCCUCCAUAAUAAGAUGGCAUUUUACCUUAUUCAAGUAUUUGAAAUAAAUUUGCAUAUGAAAUUAUGCACGCAUUCACCGGACGAGAAUUCAAGUUCGUUUAUUUAUAAACAA